AGCAUAGACAAAAAAAUUAUCUUCCAUUUUCGACAUUUCUGGCCAUGGUACAUGCCCAAAUACCGAUGCCAUCGACCAAUAAAAUCUUCAUUCAUAAUCCAGAAGAUAAGAAUCAUACCAUAAUUCUUUUUUCUUUUUUUUAAUACAAAUCUCAAAUCUCAAAUUCAAAACCAAUUCUCUCACCACAGAUCAAAUCACCAAGAAUUGUGUGGUUUUAUCAAAUCCUGGGUUUAAAGAAGUGAAAUAUCUUCUAAGUGGUGAUUUAUGGAAGUUGAAAUGGAUGAAUUGGUUCUUGACGUGGAUGUUGAGGAGGCUACUGGAAGUGAAUUGUUGGUGAAACCUGAGCCUGGGGAUGAUUUCAAUGCGGUGAAGCCUAGUACCGAUUUAGUUACGGUUAUGGAAGUUACUGGACCUAUUGGUAAUAAUGGCGAAGGCGAGUCGUCUCCUUCUGAGCCCAAAUGGCUGCAACAAGAUGAACCUAUAGCUUUGUGGGUGAAGUGGAGAGGUAAAUGGCAGGCUGGAAUCAGAUGUGCGAAAGCGGACUGGCCAUUGACGACUUUGAGAGGCAAACCGACUCAUGAUAGGAAAAAGUAUUGUGUGAUUUUUUUCCCGCAUACAAAAAACUACUCAUGGGCGGAUAUGCAGCUUGUUCGAUCCAUCAAUGAGUUCCCUGAUCCUAUUGCAUAUAAGUCACAUAAAAUUGGAAUUAAAUUGGUUAAAGAUUUAACUGCUGCUCGACGUUACAUUAUGAGGAAGCUUACUGUUGGGAUUUUCAAUAUAGUUGACCAAUUCCCCUCAGAGGUUGUUUCUGAAGCAGCUAGGGAUAUUAUAAUCUGGAAAGAAUUUGCAAUGGAGGCUACUAGAAGCACAAGUUAUCAUGAUCUUGGGAUAAUGCUUGUGAAGCUUCACAGUAUGAUUUUGCAACGAUACAUGGAUCCGAUCUGGCUUGAGAACUCGUUUCCUUUGUGGGUACAAAAAUGUAACAAUGCAGUGAAUGCAGAGAGUAUUGAAUUACUGAAUGAGGAAUUUGACAAUUGUAUCAAGUGGAGUGAAGUCAAAUCACUUUCUGAGUCUCCAAUGCAACCAAUGUUGUUUUCAGAAUGGAAAACGUGGAAGCAUGACAUUGCGAAAUGGUUCUCGAUAUCUCGCCGUGGUGUUGGCGAAAUAGCACAGCCGAAUAGUAAAAGUGAGUUUAACUCAGAUGUCCAGGCUAGCCGUAAAAGACCAAAACUUGAGAUUCGACGCGCAGAGACAACAAUUGGAUCACAGAUGGAGUCUGAUACUUCACCACAAGGAUUGACUGCAAUUGACUCAGAAUUUUUUAGUUCUCGAGGCAACACUAAUACUCCUGAGGCGAUGAAAGAUGAAAACCCGUUAAUGAAUACACCGGAGAAUGGUUUGGAUCUAUGGGAUGGCAUUGUUGUUGAAGCAGGUGGUUCACAGGUCAUGAAAACAAAAGAAACUAAUGGAUUGUCUCACCCACACAUUAACGAAUCAGUUUUGAAGAAACCAUUUGGUUCGGGAAAUAAGAGUCAGCAAUGCAUAGCUUUCAUUGAAUCGAAAGGAAGACAAUGUGUGAGGUGGGCGAAUGAAGGUGAUGUCUAUUGUUGCGUGCAUUUAGCUUCUCGUUUCACCACCAAAUCUACGAAGAACGAGGGCUCUCCUGCAGUUGAAGCACCAAUGUGCGGAGGAGUUACUGUUCUUGGUACCAAAUGCAAGCACCGAUCUCUACCCGGGUUUUUGUACUGCAAGAAACACCGCCCUCAUACAGAGAUGGAGAAACCUGAUGAUUCUUCAUCUCUUCUGGUGAAGAGAAAGGUAGCGGAAAUUAUGUCAACCUUAGAAACAAAUCAAUGUCAAGAUUUGGUGCCGUUUGGAGAACCAGAAGGUCCAUCUUUCGAGAAUCAGGAGCCCCAUGGAGCCACGAGCUUCACUGAGAUGUUUGAACAUCGUAGCCAAGAGGAUAACUUGUGUAUAGGCUCUUGCUCAGAAAACAGCUAUAUUCCUUGCAAUGAGUUCUCCACAAAGCACUCGUUAUACUGUGAACAGCACCUUCCUAACUGGCUUAAGCGUGCGAGGAAUGGUAAGAGUCGGAUAAUAUCGAAGGAAGUGUUUGUAGAUCUCUUAAGGGGUUGUUUAUCGCGUGAGGAAAAAUUAGCUCUACAUCAAGCUUGUGAUAUUUUCUACAAGCUCUUCAAAAGUGUCUUAUCGUUAAGAAACUCUGUCCCAAUGGAGGUACAGAUUGAUUGGGCGAAAGCAGAAGCUUCAAGAAACGCGGACGUUGGAGUUGGGGAAUUCUUGAUGAAGUUGGUUUCCAAUGAAAGGGAGAGAUUAACUAGGAUAUGGGGUUUCGCUACUGGUGCUGAUGAAGAAGAUGUAUCAUUAUCAGAAUAUCCUAAUCGACUGCUUGCCAUCACCAAUGCCUGGGCGGAUGAUGAUAAAGGAGAAGAAACCAAAGACAAAGAGAAAUGGUCUUUUAGUGGAUUUGCUUGUGCUAUUUGCUUAGAUUCUUUUGUGAAGAGAAAGCUUUUGGAAAUUCAUGUGGAGGAGAGACAUCACGUGCAGUUUGCGGAAAAGUGUAUGCUUCUUCAGUGUAUUCCUUGUGGCAGCCAUUUUGGAGAUAAAGAACAGUUGCUGUUACAUGUGCAAGCUGUGCAUCCUUCUGAGUGCAAAUCGAUUACGGUUGCUCCUGAGUGCAAUCUGACUAAUGGUGAGUCUUCUCAGAAACCUGAAGCAGGCAGUUCACAAAUUGUUGUGAGCCAAAACAACGAGAAUACAAGCGGCGUACAUAAAUUUGUUUGCAAGUUCUGUGGGCUGAAAUUCAAUUUAUUACCUGACCUUGGCCGUCACCAUCAAGCUGAACACAUGGGAACGAGUCUAGUUGGCUCUCGUGGUCCGAAGAAAGGAAUAAGGUUUAAUACAUACAGGAUGAAAUCUGGUAGGCUUAGUCGUCCGAAUAAAUUCAAGAAAAGUCUUGGAGCAGUCUCAUAUAGGAUUAGAAACCGGGCUGGUGUAAAUAUGAAGAGGAGGAUCCAAGGUUCUAAACCGCUCAGCACGGAAGGAAACACUGGAGUAUCGGCCCCUCCGGAUGACAGUAGAAACUUUGAUGGCACAACAGAUGCUCAUUGCUCUGUGGUUUCGAAUAUAUUGUUGUCAAAGGUUCAGAAAGCGAAACAUCGCCCUAAUAACCUCGAUAUCCUGUCUGCUGCUCGAUCGGCUUGCUGUAGGGUUAGCCUUGAGACCUCUUUGGAGGCUAAAUUCGGGGAUUUGCCUGACCGGAUAUAUCUCAAGGCAGCAAAACUUUGCGGUGAGCAAGGUGUACAAGUGCAAUGGCAUCAGGAAGGAUACAUAUGCUCUAACGGAUGUAAGCCUGUUAAAGACCCAAAUCUUCUACGUCCUUUGAUCCCGCGACAAGAGAAUGAUCGAUUCGGGAUAGCUAUGGACCCUGGACUACAUUCUAAUCUCGAGUUGGAAGUUGAUGAGUGCCAUUGUAUCAUGGAGGCUCAUCAUUUUAGUAAGAGACCGUUUGGAAACACCGCGGUUUUGUGCAAGGACAUAAGCUUUGGUAAGGAAUCAGUUCCAAUUUGUGUCGUCGAUGAUGGUCUUUUGAAUUCUGGAAAGCCGUAUGAUAGGCCUUGGGAAAGCUUUACUUAUGUUACAAACUCAAUUCUUCAUCCAUCAAUGGAACUUGUAAAGGAGAAUCUGCAACUCAGGUGUGGCUGUCGCAGUUCAGUGUGCUCGCCUGUAACUUGUGAUCAUGUGUACCUUUUCGGUAACGAUUUUGAAGACGCUAGAGACAUAUAUGGAAAAUCCAUGAUGUUUAGAUUCCCAUAUGAUGGCAAACAACGGAUCAUCUUGGAGGAGGGUUAUCCUGUUUAUGAAUGCAAUAAGUUCUGUGGAUGCUCUAGAACAUGUCAGAAUCGGGUUUUGCAGAAUGGAAUUCGCGUGAAACUAGAAGUUUUUAGAACUGAAAGCAAGGGAUGGGGAUUGCGAGCUUGUGAACAUAUACUGCGUGGCACAUUUGUUUGCGAAUACAUUGGGGAGGUUCUUGACCAGCAAGAGGCAAACAAGAGGCGAAACCAGUACGGGAAAGAAGGUUGCAGCUACUUACUGGACAUUGAUGCUAAUAUCAACGACAUCGGUAGAUUGAUGGAAGAAGAGCCCGAUUAUGCUAUUGAUGCUACUACUCAUGGAAACAUCUCUCGAUUCAUCAAUCACAGCUGCUCACCAAAUCUCGUCAAUCACCAAGUCAUUGUGGAAAGCAUGGAGUCCCCGCUCGCUCAUAUCGGUCUAUACGCCAGUAUGGAUAUUGCUGCAGGAGAAGAGAUCACCCGAGACUAUGGACGCAGACCGGUACCAUCUGAACAAGAAAAUGAGCAUCCAUGCCAUUGUAAAGCAACUAAUUGCAGAGGUCUCUUAAGUUAGAUUUUGGUUCCUAGGAACAUUCUUUGCAGAUUUGUUUCAAUAAUUUUCCUUCAGACUUUUUACCUUCUUUAGACAGCUUUGGAACUAUUCAUUUUCCUUCAGCUUGUAACUUUUCUUUUCCCAAUUUUCAAAUAAUCAAAUCUUGAUUUC